UGGCCGGCGCAAUGAGCAGCAUCGAGAUCCCCGCGGGGCUCACGGAGCUGCUGCAGAGCUUCACCGUGGAGGUGCUGAGGCACCAGCCCGGGGACCUGCUGGAGUUCGCCCUGCAGCACUUCACCCGCCUCCAGCAGGAGAACCGGCAUAAGGGAGGCCCUGGCGCUGGUGACCUGGCAGCGGCCGGAGCCGCUGGGGGCGGCACCCCCAGCCGGGGGGUCAACUUUGCAGAGGAGCCAGUGCAGACCGAGUCCGAGAACGGGGAGGAAGAGGACGACGAAGAGGAGGAGUCCGGGGAACCAGGGGCAUUCAACGCUCCAGUGAUAAACCGAUUUACUAGACGUGCAUCAGUAUGUGCAGAAACUUACAAUCCAGAUGAAGAAGAAGAUGAUGCAGAAUCCAGGAUUAUACAUCCGAAGACAGAUGAUCAAAGAAAUAGGUUGCAGGAAGCUUGCAAAGACAUCCUUCUUUUUAAGAACCUAGACCCGGAGCAGAUGUCUCAAGUAUUGGAUGCAAUGUUUGAAAAGCUGGUGAAAAAAGGAGAGCAUGUAAUCGAUCAAGGGGAUGAUGGUGACAACUUUUAUGUAAUUGACAGAGGCACUUAUGAUAUUUAUGUAAAGUGUGAUGGUGUCGGAAGGUGUGUUGGUAACUAUGAUAACCGUGGAAGCUUUGGUGAAUUGGCCUUAAUGUACAAUACACCCAGAGCAGCUACAAUCACUGCUACCUCUCCUGGUGCUCUGUGGGGUUUGGACAGGGUAACCUUCAGGAGGAUAAUUGUAAAAAACAAUGCCAAAAAAAGAAAAAUGUAUGAAAGUUUUAUCGAGUCACUACCAUUUCUUAAAUCUCUAGAAGUCUCAGAACGUCUGAAAGUGGUUGAUGUGAUAGGCACCAAAGUAUACAAAGAUGGAGAACAGAUUAUUGCUCAGGGAGAUUCAGCUGAUUCUUUUUUCAUUAUAGAAUCUGGAGAAGUAAAAAUAUCUAUGAAAAGGAAGAACAAACAGGAAGCCGAAGAGAAUGAUGCCAUUGAAAUUGCCCGCUAUUCCAGAGGGCAGUAUUUUGGAGAACUCGCCCUAGUAACAAACAAACCCCGAGCAGCUUCAGCCCACGCUGUUGGAACUGUCAAAUGUUUAGCCAUGGAUGUGCAAGCAUUUGAAAGGCUUUUGGGACCCUGCAUGGAAAUUAUGAAAAGGAACAUUGCAAACUAUAAAGAACAGUUAGUUGCUUUAUUUGGAACAAACAUGGACAUUGUGGAUUCCACAGCAUGAAGGAGAAAUAUAAUUUGACAAGAGCUAAUAUCACAGAACAGCACAGUAAUGGUUGUCCACUGAAAACGUGUCUAUCUUUGUUGUAGAUGCCGAGCAUUUCCUGUGAUUUCAGAAAUUUUUUUUGCUUUUUUUUACAUAACACUAUAAUGUAUCAGUAAACAAUAGUGAUUUCAUAGAUAAUAGGCUUUACCUACAACACUUCAGAAAGAGCAGAUUUUAAGAAAUCAAUAUGUUGAUUAAAUUAGUUCCUACUCUACAAAAUUAUUAAGAUUUGCUGAAAAGUUUGCUCUAAUGAUUGUGGCAUCUUAGAAAUAUUAGUGCAUACAAAGUUAGUAAAAUACUCGUUCAUUCUGGUAGAUUCAAAUUAUUAUGCCCAAGUCAAAAAGGAACUCGGAAGCUGAGCAUAGUUGUAAAGCAUGACGUUACAUUCUUUCUAAAAAGUCUAUAUAAGAUAUGUCUGUUUUCAUCCUUUUAUUUUCUGGCUUGAUGUAGGUCUCUUUGAGAAGUAGCAUAAAACUCCACAUGCAAUGUUAAGGUCUCAUAUAUUUUUGCAAUAAAAUACAUCUUGACUAGUUUGGCAUGAUGUAGCCAAACUAGCUUAUACAUUCCACUGGUUUAAGAACUGGCAAUCCAAACAUUUUUAGUAAGGAGAAGAAAAGCCUUUUUUUUAGAUAACAAGUAAAUGUCACUUUUUCCUAAGCAACCAGAUCUUACCUUUAUCUUCUUUCUUCUUUUAUAGCUUGCAAUCCCUACUAUUUUUCACCUUUUAAAAAAAUUUAAGCUUUGCUUUAGACUUUGAUAUUCAUCUUUUCACAGCAGAUUUUGGUUGCUUUUUUUCCUUUCGAAUUUCAAAUUAAAAUAACUCAAAAUUUCUGGGCCACAAAUAACUACUGGUAUGAUCCACCAUAAAUAAAUAAAGUCACAUUUGGAGAACUCUUGAUAAAAGAGCAGAAGAAAACUAUCUUGAACUUUAAACUUAUUUAUUAAAGGUGACAUUUUGGGUUCUACAUCCCAGAAAUAUUUUAGUCACUGUAAAAUAUUUCCUGUAGCAAAAUUAAUCUAAAGUCAGAAUAUUCUUGUAUCUAAGAGAAUAUUAUUUCGAUAUCCUUAGGCUGGGUUUACAUAAGAUGAAUCUUUCCAACAUUUAAAUCAAAAUAGUUUUUUCCUCUCUUGUAUUAACUGGUAUCUGUCUGUAAAGAGAUAGGACAGAAUAGAAAUUUUAUAAAUCAAUAGCUAGUCACAGGGUUUUUGUCAGAGAAAGCUACCAUCAGGGUGGCAGAAAUAAAAAUUGGAAAAACAGUAACAAAGGAGUAAAAUGAGAACAAGAAUUAAAUGUGUGAAACUGAUGUGUGAGCUUAUCCCCAGCCCUCCGGAUAGAUCAUUAUUCCACCACUUUACAUCCCACUCUUUCUUUGCUUUUGUGAGGGCACACACUCAAACAAUGAGUUGAACAUAAACCAUUACUUUAUUACCAAGAGUAAAGGAAUACUAUUCUUGGUUAAUAUUUCUACUGUUCUAAUUUGGAAAGAAGUGAGUUUAUAGGAUGUUAGAUUUAGAGCUGAAAGGGAUUUAAAAGUCACACAGAGAAGGCAUUGGAAGCCUGGAGACGUUAAAUGAUUUGCCAAAGUCUCAUAGGUUAUAAGUGACAAAGGCAGGAUUCAAAUUCAGAUCCUUUGAUCAGAACUUUAUCCACUUCACAAAACACGCCCUCUUCCCUUAAAUUAGUAAGAAAUGUCUUUUUCUGUCAUAUCAUUCACUAACAAUAUUCAUGUUAACAAGCUGUGUGUUUGUACUAAAAUUAAAAUAAAUGAAUUUUUUUUAAUUUCCCUGGAAAACAAGUUUUCAGCUUCAAUAUAGAUGAAGUUAAAUAUUCUUUAUUUACUGUGUUCUGUUUGGACAAUCUUUUCGGCCUCAUUUGAAUAUGAAACUAUGGUUAGAAAAUAAUGUACCUAUCUGAAGUUGUGUACAAAACAGAAUUAAAAGUGUACUUCAGCCAAAUUUUAAACGUAUUAACUUUUUUUUUACACAUGCUACCUUGUAGGGAAAAAUGUUACAUACAUGAUGAUAAUUUGUUAGCCUUUGUACUUCAGAUUUUAUUUUAAAAUGCUGUGUCUUAUACAAGGAGAAAAACACUAAUUAACCAGAAUUUUCAGUUCAUCAUUCUGUAUGCUUACUUCUAAACAAGUUAUUGGUUCUGUUGCACUAGUUUAUUGCUAACUCUUCAUAGAAUGAUAAAGAAAUACUUGUACAACACAGAAUUCUGAUCGAGGUUGUAAAUGCC